CUACAAAACUCUUUGCAAAGAAACCUGCAAGCAACCCACAAACAAACGCAGCCGACCUCCACUCUCCAUCUCGUCUCCAGGAUCAUCAAAAGUUCAAAAACUGCAGAGAGACCGAAAAUCGCCAUCCAUCCACCAGGAAAAAAAAAAAAGCUUCCCAACCAAUUAAACCCCGCUCGCCGCAACUCGCCGCCGUCUCCUCGCCUUCCGCCCCUACUCCCGCGCAUCGACUCCAACGCCUCUCCUCGUCGGCUGCCCGCCUCCGCCCGGCGGCCGGAGCAGAGAGGCUUAGGUUACCGGCGGCCCCCGGCGCCCCCACUUCGCGGUCGAGCUGGAGGACACGCGUAGCAACGCCGGGUUCUUCUGCGGCGAGCUGUGGUGUGGCCUCAUGGAGCCCAAGGGCGAGUUGGCCCAGAAGCCUAUCGAAGAAGCAAUCGACGGCUUGAAGAUUGAUGCUAGCACCAAGGCAAGCAAUGUCAACUUGCCUGCUAAGAAAGAUGCAAGUUCUUCUGAUGCAGUAUCUUGCAUUUCCUCCGGAGAUGCAGCUAGUACUGUGAAGGAAACUGAAAUGAACCAAGAAACUUAUUUUGGGGACCAAGGGAUGUAUUACUAUGGAUAUUAUUAUCCUGGUUCAUAUGGAGGACUGGAUGAGAAUGGCAACUUUGUUGGAUAUAAUGGCCUAGAGGUGCACCCAGCAGUGGUUCAAGCUGACAAUGGGUCAUAUCUGUGUCAUCUUCCGGGGUAUGAAAAUGGAUAUGCUUCUUAUAGUCCGGUUGUUCCUGGAGGCAUUGCUAGUGUGGAUGGUCAAUAUGUCAGCAAAGAACAAUAUUACUCCACUGCAAUUCCAUUACAGGAUCUAAGCACACCUGGCAUUUUUGCUCAACCAAUUGCUUACGGAACUGAACUAGUACCUGCAUACUCAUGGGACCCUUCUUUUGUUCUUCUGGAUGGAGUUCAGGGACAUCCAGUUGGUGUGCAUCAAACAAAUUAUGCUGCAAGACCAAAAUAUUCUUCUAAUAAGCAUGCUAUUCCUUCUUCGAAAGCUGCCCGCAGUGCAAAACCCGCAGCAGAUACUGUCAAAGGAUCAUCAUCAGGUCUAGAAACUGUAGCAAAUGCUGCUAAUAGCAGCCCAUCAUCGAAGGGUGCAAAUAAGGCAUCUGGUGCUUCCAUAACAAAAGGAUAUCUUCCAUCUAGCAAGUUUGUGAUGCAUAGUAAUAACCAAGGAAAAAUCAGUGUUUAUCAAAGCAAAGGUAUCAAUGUGAAAGAAAGUGGUAGAAGCUGGAACAACGGUGAGAAGCUUAAGAUGAGAAGUAAGUUAAAUGGACAUGGUGAUUCUGAAUCUAAUGAGAACAACCACACUGAUAACUCAAAACACAGUUUGAGCCCUCAAUCUGAUGUUGGAUUGCCAAGUUCAGGGGGUGCUAACGCUAGCAUACCUUCACAUGUUGCAAUAAGCAAAAAUGCAUAUAAUCUUUCAGAUUUUGUUACAAAGUAUGAACAAGCUCUAUUCUUUGUAAUUAAGUCUUAUAGUGAAGAUGAUAUUCACAAGAGUAUCAAGUACAAUGUCUGGGCAAGUACUCCUAAUGGAAAUAAAAGGCUUGACAGUGCCUAUAGACUUGCACAAGAAAGGAUGGCAGAAAAAGGAACCAAAUGUCCUGUUUUCCUUUUCUUUUCAGUUAAUGCUAGUGGUCAGUUUUGUGGUGUGGCUGAGAUGGUUGGCCCAGUAGAUUUCAACCGGAACAUGAACUUCUGGCAACAGGACAAGUGGAACGGUUUCUUCUCGGUAAAAUGGCACAUUAUCAAGGAUGUUCCCAAUCCACAAUUUCGCCAUAUAAUUUUGGAGAAUAAUGAGAAUAAACCUGUGACAAACAGCAGGGACACGCAAGAGGUCAAAUUUUCACAAGGUACAGAGAUGUUGAACAUUUUCAAGAACUUUGCAUGUAAAACAUCAAUACUGGAUGACUUUGACUUCUACGAAAAUCGGCAGAAAGUAAUGCAGGACAGAAGAGGCAAGCCGCUUACUACAUUGUUUGAUCACCCAUUGCCAAAAGCUGAAAAAACUGCAGAAAUCAAAAGGCAAACACAUGCCACAGAAUUCGGUAGAGCCAAGAGUAAUGAGGGGCAGGGCAACAAUGUUGGGGUGGUGCAUGAUACAACCAAGAAAAAUGAGGAGCAGAGCAACAACGUUUCAGAAGUAGUUGAUGCAGCCUGUAGCAACAAGGAGCAACCCAACAAAGUUGCAACACAAUGUUGAUGCCAUGAGCUAGUUGAACUGGGGAAUGAGAUAGCCUCUGGAAUGGACUUCAACCUGAAUGAUAAAUUUGAUGUGUACAAUGUCAAGAAACCAUCAUUUGUCAUCGGUUCUCUUCCAUUUUCUCAUGCAAGCAGAAAAGGAAAAAGAAAGUGAAGCUAUGGGACUGUCUUCCCACGAGAAAUGUUCAAUGACUGGGAAAAAGGUUCUAAGACACAUUUAUGUUGAGGCCCCUGGUGCUAAGGCAUUAGAGACCCCUCCUUGUCUAUUUUUUUUUUAUCUCGGAGGGUAUUUUCUUUUCUUGUGUUGUGUCUUUUUUUUUUCUUCUCUUGUUCUUCCUAUUACACUGCUGAGAUUUUGCGAAGCAGUAUGCGCUGUGGUCCAAAGAAGCCAGUUUGCUUUAUGGCUGGGUGUGCUUAACGGAGUGUUUGUUGCUUUGUGGGUUGUCCUCUAGGAUGUGUUAUGUGUUGACUGUUUCCUUUUAGAAUAUGUGCAAUUGUUCUAGAAACUGACAUAGAAGAAAAAAAGGAAAAAAAAGGAUUGUGAGGGAUUAGGAAUUAAUUACAAUAACUUAAUCUUAUGUUGCUGUUUCUUCCA